AUGGCGCGGCAUCUUUCCGUCGUCGUCAUCUUGGCGGUUGCGGUUUUCUUAAUCUUGUCUUUCAUGACAUCUUUCGGUGGGAAAACCGAGCAAAUACGACAGGUGUUACCUGCGGCGGGCUUGACCGAACGGCCGUUAGGUGCUGCAACUGCGAUCACAGCAGAUACGAAAGCACACGUAAAAAUAGAUUCGGCCCCUGACAUGAAAGAGGACGUGAAAACAGAUGCGAAAGCGAAUGUAAUACCAGACCCGAAAUCCGACUUCCCUUCAUUGUCGAGCGGAAUCCUUUCAGGAGGCGCAAUUGCCCCGAAACUUGAAAACGCCACCAUCAAAGCUGAACUCGGCCGUUCGACCUGGAAAUUCUUCCAUACCAUGAUGGCGCGAUUCCCCGAUAAGCCCACCGAAGACGACUCCCUCGCGCUUAAGACUUUCAUCCAACUAUUCGCGCGCCUGUACCCAUGCGGCGACUGUGCGCGACAUUUCCAGAAACUUCUCGCCCAGUAUCCACCUCAAGUCAGUUCGCGCAGCGCGGCUGCGGGGUGGGCAUGCUUCGUACAUAACCAGGUUAAUGAGAGGCUGAAGAAGCCCAUCUUUGACUGUACUCCCGAGAAGCUCGGGGAUUUCUACGAAUGCGGUUGCGGGGAUGACAAAAAGGAGGCUGCAGACAGCAUAGGGGAGCUGAAGUUGGAGAAGGAUGGAUUGACCAGGGGUGGUUAA